ACUUGCGCACUCUGGCGCUCUUGGUGCCGAAAUGCAGGUUUUGUGUUGGGGCUUUGGGACUGGGCCGCAGAAGCUGCAGUAGCAUAUCCUGGGCUGCUAGGGAAGGUAUUGCUCCGGAACUCUUUCAGGAAGGGCCUGAGUGCGGAGUGAAUAAUAUUGAUCGAAGCAUUCCGCUUGUGCGAAUUUAAAACGCUAUAUGUGGUGAUAUAACAGCGUUUGCUGUGCAACGGACGCAGCUCCAAGUGAAUCCCGAGAUCUCUACAUCGAGGAUGUCAGACCCCAAGCAGCGGUCACCUGGCCCAGCCGCCGACAGCUUGCUGCCCAAGUCUCCGUCGGGCAGCGCGGCGUCGGACAGUACGGCGGCACUGCUGGAGCGGCUGUUCGGCAUAACCGGCCGCCAGCCGCCGCCGGCUGGCUGUGUGCUUCUGCCGGAGUUGGCGGCGGGCGGGGGCCCGCUCGACCUCUCCACCCUGCAGGAGGCCGUAUUCGAGCGGCUCAUGCUGCCCGACCGGCCGGACGACGAGGACGCCUGGACGUACCUGGUCUCAUGCUACAGGCGCGUGGCCGACGAGACCGACCGGCUACCGGCCGAGCAGCGCACCACCAUGCUGGAGCUGAUUGUGCAGAACUCGUCCACGGUGCUGCAGCAGCCGGAGAUCUUCAACAUGGAGAGCCGGCGCCGGUUCCUGGACUCCAUGCGCACCCACCUGGCCAUUGACGGCUGGUUCGACGACAUGCUGCGAGCGGUCGUCACCAAGCUGGUGGAGGAGGAGGCGCCUGUCUUCGAGAUAUUCCAGGAGGUGUUCAAGUACAUUCAGCGUUCAGUGGGCGAGACCAAAGGGUCACUGCUGAACAUGGAUCGGUUCCUGUACAGCCUGGCCACGUUCAUGUCGACGAUGCCGCCGCUGGCCGAGACGCUGGUGGCGCUGAGUGAGGUGCCGGCCUCACUGAAGGGCGUCUUCUACAGUCGCGUGCCGCUGGGGUCUUUGCUCUGGCCGUCGUCGCUCAACACGGUGAGCGGCGCCUGCGAGUUCUUCGACCAGCCGGUGACGCUGACGCAGCAGAGCGUCGACGUGAUAAACAGCAACAUCUGGACGUCGGAGAGCUUCAUCGCCGACGCCGUGCACAAGGUGUUCGAGAACACGCUGCGCUGCGGCGGCCGGGCGCGCCAGCUGCUGCUCGGCUGGAUCGCCGCCUGCCUGCGCGCCAAUAGCGGCCGCACCAAGAUCUGGAACACGGACAUGGACGGGGCGGCGGCGGUCGACACGGCGCCCGACGGCUUCAUGCUCAACCUGGGCUCGGUGCUGCUGCGACUGGCGCUGCCCUUCUGCCGCGACCUCGACAGUCCCAAGCUGCUCGAGAUCGACCCCACCUACUGCGUGGCGCCGCUGCCCGAGUCGGCCGACGAGCAGCUGGCGCGCUGGCAGCACUUGACCGGCCUCGACCAGGAGACGUUCCUGGUGCCGCGCGGCGAGGACGCACCGCCGCCGCCGACGCCCGGCAAGUUCAACUUCCGCACCGAGUGUUUCUACCUGUGCCACAAGGCGCUGCAGCUGGGCCUUAAGGUGCUGCAGGACAAGUUGUCGAAACUGAACGGCGAGCUGGGCCGGAUGCAGCGCGUGUACCGGGACGCGCUGACGCAGGCGGCCGGCGCCGACUCCGAGUCGAUGGAAGGCAUCAAGACGCGCUUCGAAGCUCUCAUGCAGCGCUACCUGUCGCUCAAGGCGGCGCUGACCGAGCCGGCGCGCACCGAGCACGCGUCGCUUUUCCUCACGGCCACCGCCGUCUGGCUGACGCAGCAGGCGGCUCGGCCGGCCGACGACGGUGCGCUGCGGCGACGACGCGGCCUCACCUUCCCGCUCCCGUCCCCAGUCCACGUCAGCCUCUCCUGCAUCCCCGAGCUGCUGGUGGACAACCUGACGUCGCACCUGCUGGCCGUCGGCCGCUUCUCCCCCGAGCAGUGGACCGUGGCGCCGGACGCCUGCGGUCACAUGUUCUCCUUCAUCCUGGUCUUCAUGGGCUCCACCGAGCGCAUGCGUAACCCGCACCUGCGCGCCCACCUGGCCGCCUGCCUCGAGGUGCUGCUGCCCGACUUCAACGACGACCACGGUCUCGUGAGCUCCGGCUACCAGCGUCAGCAGUUGUUCCUCGCGCACGAGCUGGCCGACCAGGUGGUGCCGGCGCUGCUGCACGUGUUCGUCAGCAUCGAGAUGACCGGCCAGAGCGUGCAGUUUGAGGAGAAGUUCAACUACCGCCGGCCCAUGUACGUCAUCAUGAAGUACCUGUGGAGCGUCGACCGGCACCGCCAGAUGUUCUCCUCGCUGUCGGAGCAGGCUGAGCGCGACAUGGAGUCGGCUACGCCGCCCAUCUUUCUGCGCUUCAUCAACCUGCUGAUGAACGACGCCGUCUUCCUGCUGGACGAGGCCCUCAGCUACAUGAUCCAGCUGAGGGACCAGGUGCAGCACCGCCAGACGGAGGAGUACCAGCAGCUGCCGGCGCCGCAGCGGCACCAGCAGGAGGCCAACUUCCGGCACAUGGGCAUGUUGGCGCGCUUCCACAACAUCAUGGGUCGGGAGACCAUCAGCGCGCUGCAGAUGCUCACCUCUGGCAUUCGUUCCAUCUUCCUGCAGCCGUCCAUCAUCGACCGCGUCGUGGCCAUGCUCAACUACUUCCUGCUUCAGCUGGUCGGACCCAAGCGACGCGAGCUCAAGGUGCGCGACUCGGACGACUACGACUUCCGGCCGGGCGAGGUGGUGACCGACAUCUGCCGCAUCUACACGCAGCUCGACUGCGAGCGCUUCUGCGCCGCCGUGGCCGCCGACGAGCGCUCCUACUCGCCGCGGCUCUUCACCGACGCGAUUCAAGUGCUCGCCCGUAUCGGCCAGGGUCAGCUGAUCCCGGCUGUCGAAGCGGUAGCGGCGCACGUGGCCGGCUCGGGCGCCGCCCUCCAGGCUGAGGACGACCUGGCCGCCCAGGCGCCCGACCACUUCCUCGACCCGAUCAUGUCGACCCUGAUGACGGACCCGGUGCUGCUGCCCACCUCGGGCAUUGUCUGCGACCGCUCCACCAUCGCCAGGCACCUGCUGAGUGACCAGUCGGACCCGUUCAACCGCAAACCGCUCACCAUGGAGAUGGUGGAACCGGCCGCCGCACUGAAGGCCGAGCUGGACGCGUGGCGCCGGCAGCAGCGGGCCCCGCGGUGACCGGGUCCCGCGCCCCAGGCUCUCUCUCCGAGCGGCGGCGGAUCUCCGGGCGGGAGAGCCGGCCGCCCGCCGUGUGAGCAGUGAUCGGCGCGUGCCCGCAGUGGGAGGGCACUGCCGGCUUCGUGGUGUUGGCGCAAUCGGGGCAUUCGGUCUUUUGUGUCGCGUGAUGGCGUGCGUUCGUGCAAUGAGUUACCGUUAUCAAUAUUAUUAUUAUUACGUCGUUUAUUACUGUGCAGAGUAGCACAUCACGUAAGAAAAUAGACCUAUCCACUGGUCAGUACGUUGUAGUCGUCAUGAACAAUUGAUGAACAGUGAAGGCGGUAACACGAAAAUCAACAAUUGUCGCACGGAAGCACCGCUUCAAUAAAUAUGGCAACUUCUUGCACA